AGAAUUAUUUGCUCUGCCAUCGAAGUGAGCGGAGAGUAGUCGGGCCGUGCGCACGCAAAACGCGCUCGCAAACGCGCUCGCCAAACGCGUAUAAGAGAAAGGGUGUCGCAACGAAACUCCACCAUUGCGCGUCAAUAUUUUCCUGCGGCCAAGACUAUAUAGCUUUUGCAAUUUUUUUUGCAUCUUCCAAAAUUCCCCAGCGACUAGACCAGUAUAUGAAAGCGGAUUCUGGGGGGUAUAAAAGGGGCUAAACGCAGAUCAGGAAUCACACUUCUCCCGACGAAGGCUGCCAAGUACAACAUGAAGACCGCUAUCUUGGCUCUUGUCCUCUUUACGGUGGCUCUGGCCCACGCUCUGCCAGUCCAGGAUGAGCAGCUCGACGAGCAGCUGACUGACUACGUUUUACAGCAAGCUGCGGAUGGAAUUUUGGUGCGGGAAGUGAGGGCUGCUGAUCCCCAGUAUGGCUUUGGCGGCUACAGACCGCAUUAUGGUCACCAUGGCCACCACGGACACCAUGGUCACCACGGACACCAUCAUGGACACCAUGGACACCAUCAUGGACACCACCAUGGCCAUCACCACGGACACCAUUACGGAUAAAAAUUGUUCUUAGUUUUAUCCUUUAAGUUCCUCGUGUAGAAUGUUUUGUAUUGUAAAUAAUAUGUCUAUCAAUAAAAUUUUUUAAAUGAAAAUA